ACCAAACUUCCAUUGAGCUUACAAUCAUCUGCUUCUCUUCUCUGUUUCUGCUUGAACUAAUUACGAAUCGAUUCUCUAGUUGUUCUUGAUUGAUUAAGAGAGAUAUGGAUGUUGAUCUAACCCCAAAGUUGGCUAAGCAAAUUUAUGGAGGAGAUGGUGGUUCUUAUCAUGCAUGGUGCCCUAGUGAGCUUCCCAUGUUGAAGGAAGGAAAUAUUGGCGCUGCCAAAAUUGCUCUGUCAAAGAAUGGAUUUGCUUUGCCUCGUUACUCUGAUUCUGCUAAGGUCGCUUAUGUUCUUCAAGGCUGUGGAGUUGCUGGAAUUGUUCUUCCUGAGAAAGAAGAGAAGGUGAUAGCCAUUAAGAAGGGUGAUGCUAUUGCUCUUCCUUUUGGUGUUGUAACAUGGUGGUACAACAAAGAGGAUACGGAACUUGUGCUUCUCUUCCUUGGUGAUACCAAAACUGCACACAAGGCUGGUUCCUUCACUGACAUGUACUUGACAGGCUCCAACGGGAUUUUCACUGGUUUCUCAACUGAGUUUGUUAGCAGGGCAUGGGAUGUUGAAGAGAGUGUUGCUAAGACUCUAGUUAGCUCCCAGACUGCUAAGGGGAUUGUGAAGCUGGAUGCAGGGUUCCAAAUGCCUGAGCCUAAGCAUUCCAACAGGGAUGGCAUGGUUGUCAACUGUGAGGAAGCCCCAUUGGAUGUGGAUAUCAAGGGUGGUGGAAAGGUGGUUGUUUUGAAUACCAAGAACUUGCCAUUGGUUGGUGAAGUUGGACUUGGUGCUGAUCUUGUUAGGUUGGAUGGAAGUGCUAUGUGCUCUCCCGGUUUUUCAUGUGACUCAGCCCUUCAGGUUACUUACAUUGUGAGAGGCAGUGGUCGAGUUGAGGUUGUUGGCCCUGAUGGUAAGCGUGUUCUGGAAGCACACCUCAAAGCCGGUAAUCUGUUCAUUGUUCCAAGGUUCUGUGUUGUCUCAAAAAUUGGUGAUCCUGAUGGGAUGGAUUGGUUCUCCAUCAUCACUACCCCAAAUCCAAUAUUCACUCACUUGGCUGGAAAGACUUCAACCUGGAAGGCUCUAUCCCCACAAGUGCUGCAGGCUGCUUUUAAGGUCUCACCUGAUGUGGAGAAGCUAUUCAGCUCCAAGAGAAGUGCAGAAGAGAUUUUCUUCCCGCCACCAAACUGAGUUGCUCUGGGAAUUAAUUGUGGCUCUCUUAGAUUUACUUAUCUUGUCUCCAACUAUCUUUAUCUUUACAUAAUUUAGUUGCUCUUUUAUUUGGUUAUAAAAUUUGACUUCCCUUGUACUUUUCCAACUUUUAUAUAAUUUUGAAAUAUCUAUUGAUCUACUCUAUUGUUAUGGCA